UUCAAAAUGCCUUUACUUCCCGAUGAGGAGGGAUCCACAAAUUCCUCCAGGGACAACAACACUAUUAUAACUCCUGAGGGAGCCAUUAACGAUAUUGGUGACUUGAGUCUCACUGUAGUGGACAGAAAAUUGUUUAAUGAGAAAAUUUUAAGCACAACGGCCCGUCUUUCUGAUGUGGAUAAUGUCCACAAGAAUUUAAUCAGAACCGAGGAUGGAGUUAAUCGACUCUCUCGCGUUCUCAAUAGGCGAAUAAAUCAAAAUUCACGCGAUAUAAAAACAUUAACUGACGAAACUAGCGAAUUAUCUGCACGCAUAAACACUCUAAACCUUGAGCAAAACGUCAAUAAUAACUCAAUUGUGGGUGAAACUCCACUCGCAAAUCGUGUAGCUCAGCCCGCACUAAAUACAAUACCCAAUCGCCCAAAUCGCGAAAAUAGGACAGAAGAAGCUGCACCACUUGAAAUAAAUCCUGAGGGAUUCCACAAAAUUAACAUGCUCUCAGCCGAAAAUUUCCCGUCAUUUACUAUCUUUUCAGGAAGCUCAGUUCUUGAUUUUGAACGUUGGGCAAGGAAAUUUAAUGACCUAAUUGACUGCAAUGGUGGGAAGUGGGAUGAAAAAGAAAAGAUCGCACGCUUAAAAGCCUGUCUAGAUGGGAAACCUCGAAGAAUCUUUGAAAAGAUAUCUGAGGCUAAUAAGACCACUCUUGCGGGAGCCAUUAAGAAAAUACAUGAAAGUUUAGACACAACGCAAAAUCGCGAAUUGACCUAUAAGGCCUUAAGCGUCUGUAGACAAAAAGAAGGAGAAUCUGUAGAUGAAUUCUCCGCUCGAUUAAUACCAUUGGUAGAAGCAAGUACAGUUGACCAAACUGGUAAGGCAUCGGAAGAAAUUCUUUGUAGGCUUUUCCUAGAGAAAUUAACUCCGAACCUCCAAUUUCUCACGAGGACCUUAACAGGGCCAAAUAGGAAAGACUUCGAUACUUUACAAUUAAACGCACAUGAGGCAGAAAUAAUGCUAAGUGUGAAUCCGAAACCCAGCUUUUAUCCAAUCUGUCAAGUCGAAGACAAUACGGUACCACAAUUUCAAUACAAGAGCCCUCCAAAUUACCCAAAUGGGAACUUUAAGACUUGGGCGCCAACCAAUCCAAACAGACAACCCCUCGGUCGUCCCAACAGAUUUCAAAAUAGUGGAAAUCGUAGCUGGCAAUCCGGACAACAGUACAGUAACCGACCGAGAAAUCCACGCAACACAAACUGGAAUAGAGGUCCACAGCAAGACAAGCGGUGGAACAAUCGUCCAGUCUGCAACUAUUGCAAAAAGGUAGGGCACUUGGCUUUUAACUGCUUCAAGAGACGCAGUGAUUUUACCCAACCAAGAAACUCGAUAAGAGUAUUAGAAGACCAAAAUAGGAUAUUGCAGGGUCAAAUAAAUCAGAUCGCUAACUCAGUCCAGAAGUUGGCGUUCAAACAAACUGCUGAGGCAGACACACGAAAAAUUAAUUCCAUACAAAAAAUUGAUAUACCAUCAGCUGCGGCUGCCUCUAAACUUAAUUCAACUGAGAAAAAUGUACAAAACAAAAUCUCGAGUUGGGAACCCAAAAUAGGACCAAAGUUUCUUCCUAUAUUCACAUUACUUGCCUUAAGUAUCUCCCAUGAUUUGUCAAACUCAUUUACAGCCAAUGAUUUGGUCGCUUCCUAA